AUGAGUAAUCCGCAGCGCACGGCUGUCGACAGAGCGAACGCGUUCAAUAGUAAAGGCACGCUCCCAAAUAAUUGGAUUGCAAAGGAGAUUUACGCCGAUACAAGUAUUCCGAGGAAAAAGGAACCUGUCAAAGCUGAUACAAGCACCAAAACGGCCAAAAAGGACGAUAAGGCCGAAACUUCGAAGAAAGAGGACGAUGCCAAGAAGAAGAAAGCGGAGAAAAAAGUGGAAAGUGACUCGGAAACCUCAGAGAGUAGUGGUGAAGAAGAAUAUGGGGAAGAAAGAGACCUGUUUGUGGCUCAGCUGUACAAAUUCCAAGAGGAAAGAGAUCUCUAUCGCUUUUACCGCGUCGUUCAAGACUAUGGGGGUUGCAAACGAGUUACAACCAAUCAACUAUGGAAAAAGGUGCUCAUCAAGCUUCAUCUGUCCGGAUGCCCUGGUGCUACCCCUGUUACGGUGAGGAAGGCCUACAUAAGGUAAUU